AUGAAGCUCUCUCUUGUUGCAAGCACAAUUUUCAUCGCCACCGGGCUGGCCAAGUUCGUUCGCGUUGAAUUGGAACCGCCAUUGAAUUGGGUGGCCAGUCAGGAGUUGAACGAAAGAAAGGCCUGCAAAGACGUCAAGGCUGCUUACCACGAGUACCCCAAUGCCGAAGCUUGGGCAGCUUACGUUUUGAAAAUCUGCCAAUCGACAGACUGUGCAUGCACAACUUCCCUCGGUUUCUCCAUCCCCGUAUACAAUAGAUCAGAUGAUCGCGAAUGGAUCGGGGAAAUGUUUCGCGGCAACAGCACCACUGAAAAAGACUUCGUGAGAGUAGUACCGAUUGAGGACUCGAUUGCGUAUACCUUGCAGAAGGACGAAUGA